AUGAUGAUUUUCGCAAACGCGCUCCCAUUUGUUGUCCUCCUGAUCGGCCUCGCUGCUGCCAACGACAUAAAACUGAUAGUGACCCCUGGUAGCGACUCAAGGCUACUUGCGCGGCAAGACGGUGUCUGCAAGGGCACGUGUGCGACGUGCUUUGGUCUCGGCAACGUCGUGUGCAACACCGCGAUCACCGGCACGAGCUGCUACAACCCUAGCGCCGGCGAACAGUGCUGCGCCGAUGGCGAGUUCUGCGUUGGCAAAGACACGAGCUGCUGCGGCAGAGUGGGUGGAGGUAUAACGGAACAGCCUAGCGCUACCAAACCCGCCGCAUCGUCCAAGCCGAAGCCGCUGAAGACGUGGGAAUGCCUUGCCAUCGAUAGCGUUGAGCAGUGCUGUGGACGUGCUGGGCCUGGCGCCAACGAGUUCUGCUGCCCCAACGGCCAGGCUUGCACUGGCCAAGGCUGCUGCGGCCGGUAG